GUCCAACUCUUAUCCAACACUCCACAAAACUUGGAGGACCAUGGGAUGACUUUUGAGCAAAUAGCGUUUUGUUCUGCACUUUGUUACUAUAAAUACUCACUGUAAGUAAUACCUCUCAUACGUUCAUUGCUCUUAACAGUUCCACAGAGAGAGAGAGAGAGAAGCUAAGUUUUGUGGCAAUGGCGAGUGGUGGUGGUGUUGAGGAAGUGAGCAACAAGCAAGUGAUCUUGAAGGACUAUGUGUCUGGUUUUCCUAAAGAAUCAGACAUGUGCUUGAACACUUCUGGUACCAUAAAGCUGAAGGUUCCAGAAGGUUCCAAUGCUGUUCUUGUGAAGAAUCUGUACUUGUCUUGCGAUCCCUACAUGCGUGGUCGUAUGAAACAGCCCAUUCCUGGGAAUGAGACUUACAUCGAACCCUUCAAACCUGGUUCGCCCAUUGUUGGAUAUGGAGUAGCUAAAGUAUUGGAUUCUGGGCAUCCAGACUUCAAGAAAGGUGACUUGAUUUGGGGAAUGACUGGAUGGGAAGAAUAUAGUCUCAUUACAGAAACACAGACUCUGUUUAAAAUUCAUCACACUGAUGUUCCUCUCUCCUACUAUACUGGACUUCUUGGUAUGCCCGGUAUGACUGCUUAUGCUGGUUUUUAUGAGAUUUGCUCUCCUAAGAAAGGAGAACAUGUCUUCAUUUCAGCAGCUUCUGGGGCAGUUGGUCAACUUGUAGGACAGUUCGCCAAGCUAUUGGGCUGCUAUGUUGUUGGAAGUGCUGGAAGCAAAGAAAAGGUUGAUUUGCUGAAGAACAAGUUUGGUUUCAACGAGGCCUUCAACUACAAAGAAGAGCCUGACUUACAUGCAGCUUUAAAAAGGUACUUUCCAGAAGGCAUUGAUAUUUAUUUUGAGAAUGUUGGGGGAAAGAUGCUUGAUGCAGUGAUACUCAACAUGAGGGCCCAUGGCCGCAUUGCUGUAUGUGGGAUGAUUUCGCAGUACAACCUUGAGCACCCUGAAGGUGUGCACAAUUUAAUGACUGUGGUUUGGAAACGGGUCCGAAUAGAAGGAUUCAUGGUUUAUGAAUACUACCACCUCUAUCAAAAGUUCCUGGAGUUGGUUCUGCCUUGCAUCAAAGAAGGGAAGAUUACGUAUGUGGAAGAUGUAGCUGAAGGUCUGGAGAGUGCCCCAGCAGCACUGAUAGGGCUCUUCACUGGCCGCAAUGUUGGAAAGCAGGUAGUGGUAGUUGCUCGUGAAUGAAUGACCUUGUAUGCAACUUCAUAGUCCAAAAACUCUAGGUCUAGUAGGAUUAUUUACUGCAGAUGUUACUUCUAUUGGGUUUUGUUGGUAACAACAAUUUUAUUUCCUUAAUGAAGUGUUAUGUUGGAGUCAAAGAAAUUCAUAAUCUUUUUACACAAACUCAUUUAGUUGGAAACACUAAAUUUAUUAUCUCACCUUGACA